AUGCCGUUUUCAGUCUCUCAACCCCUCUCGCAGGAUGACAUCAAAAUUCUGCUUGCCGAAGAAAUGAAAGACAGAUUCGUAGGGCCAAUGCCCGCGCAAAAAUUUAUGGAUGACUAUCUGCCGCGACUACCUGGCCAGGAAUGUCCUCACGUUGAUGAGCAGCAUUUCCGCAAAAUACCAGAAGGUGCAUCCGAAAAGUCAUUCUACGUGCUCCUGGUAGAUGCUAUGAAGCCAUUCACACCCGGCUUCGAGGUCAUUGACACUAGUCAGCACCCUAGCAGCGGCCUUGAAUACGGCGGUUUCAAAUUAAGACCUGACGUAGCACUCUAUCCUGAAAACUGUGGUCGAACCAAGAUCAUUUGGCGGUUCAGCCUGGCCAGUUCAGAGAGGAUGGGGUUGGACCAGUCAGUAACCGAGGUCGCAGCUGAUUUUGAUGGCCGAGAGAUUUGCACCAAGCUCAAAUUGCCACCGUCAACCAAGUUGUUUUAUUAUGGGGUGCCAGAUGAUGACAUCAGCCGCGCUCAACGAGACGAUCCUGAUCUGACAUCGUUACAUUGGGCCGCGUCCUCACGAUCCGACCGUGUUGUAUACCUGAAAGACACACGGAGGAUCGAAUCCAAUGAUAUGCAGAAGGAAGGCGAUACCUACCGCCAACUGCACAGUUAUCAAGUCCCUCACAUCGCGCCCUUCGAACGUGGCAACGACUUAGAAGGUUAUGGGUCACGUACAGUGACGCAUGACUAUGUAGAAGAGUCGUGGGUGUGCGGUAUGCCUUUUGCCACUGGUCGCAUAUACUAUCCUAUGGUGCUCGGUGUGGUUGGACGCGAACUGUCAACAUUCCGAUCCACACGUGAGCUUGUGAACGCGGUGGCCGACGCCUUGGAAGCCCACGAGGAUGCCUAUCAUAAGGCUGGUAUUUUGCACCGGGACGUGAGCGUUGGAAAUCUCAUUGUCACUGACGAUGGGGAGGGUCUUCUCAUCGACUGGGAUUUGUGUCGGAAGUGUGGUACAAUCCAAAAGAGACGUCAUGACCGGACGGGCACUUGGCAGUUCAUGUCAGGAGCGCUAUUGAGUGAUCCAACGAAGCAUCAGGACUUCGAAGAUGACCUCGAGUCCUUUCUUCACGUGCUGACAUGGACAUCAAUACGCUACUGUCCGAGUAAUUUGACUGCUCAGGAGCGGUCUUACCGUCUUUCAUUAAUCUUCGAAGAAGUACACGAGACGAAUGGUGUAUAUAUCGGCGGUGAUUGCAAAUGUGGUGGUCUAGUAAGAAACAAAUAUCUCCCGUCCGAGCUGGUUGCAUUCUCAGCCGGUUCGCCUCUCCUCGACCUCCUGAGGGAGAUCAACCCUCCUUUUGCCGUGCGUUACCAGGUCCCUCCAUCCAAAGAAGACUUUCAUACCUAUGAAACGAUAAGGACUUCCGUUGAGGACUCGACCACUCCGUUUUGGGUCAAUAUCUUUGCCAACUUGACCUACGGACGGUAUCAACAGAAGCUUGAGAAUCUAAAAAGGCGUUCUUGGUUCCCUUUGAUGAUUCGUGCUUACCUGCAAAACCCAGACCUUGCAUGGCCCACGGAUGACAAAGCCGAGCGCUUACCCGUAGGAAUCAAGGCGAUAUUCAUGAUAGACAUUUUCGGGGAGCAGGGCUAAGACUGCGGGAAUCCUUCGAGCGUUCGUUGCAAGCUUAGUCUUGUUCCAGGACGCUCAUUGCGCAUGCUCGUGGAUCAGAGUCUCUCCCUUGUUUACUGGGCCCAGUUUUUAAGUUCCCGCUGUCGCUGAAUGAGGCCGCUUGACAUUUUUAUUGCAAUCUCUACCUUGUUAAUCCAAGCAUUUUGGUAAUACGCAACGGAUGUUUCGGGAUCGUUGACAAUAAGUUUUGCAAUGCCUGUGAAUAUUCGAGCCCUCAACAUUCAACAUCAACCUCAUGUAGAUGUCACCUGCCGCUCCUUCCUGGGUAUGGGCCUAACACCAAAGUCCGUUCCUCCGAGUCCGCAACCUCUGUCAAGGAAGCCAAGUCUCUCAGAAACGCCUUGCUAAAGCUGAGG